UUUCAAAAAUUCUUUUAAUUUUGUCGGUUUUAUUAAUAAUGCUGUUUGAUGUUCUAAUUGAAUCUUUUUUGCUUCUAAUGUGAAUUUGUGAAUACAUCUUAAGGAAUUCAUUGUAACGUUUCGUAUAGUAAAUAUUUUCGAUUCGGUUUCACCGAUGGCUGUGUGAUAUAUUGUUAAUAAAAUCAAGUUAACAUAACAGUGAUUAUAUAAUAAAAAUUAUAAUGAAGCGAUUAGUAGAUAAAAAACACCAUGGAAAGGUAUCAAUUGGUAGAAAGCGCUCUGAAAAGGUACCAAUUAAAAAAGAAAUAUUAGCGAAAUAUUCCAGAGGUCCUGGAGUUGAUUUAAGACAAAAGAAGAGUGCUAUAAAGAAUAAAAUACUGAGAAAGAAACUAAAGUACAAAGAGCAAGCGAUAGAACAACAGGUAGAAGCUUCUGCUCGAGCAGAAUUAUUACUAACUGAAGAACAUGGCUAUAUGGAAGCAGAAACUGGAGAAGUUACUACCGAGUAUCGACAGAAGCAAAUAGUGGAGAACGUAGAUAUAACAAGUGCAGCCAAACAUUUCAAACUGGAUUUGCAGUUUGGUCCAUACUGCUUUAGAUACACUAGAAAUGGCAGGCACUUGCUCCUAGGUGGGAAACAAGGUCAUGUGGCAGCUUUCGACUGGGUGACGAAGAAGCUAGCCUGUGAAAUAAAUGUGAUGGAAUCUGUACACGAUGUUGCAUGGUUACAUCUGGAAACUAUGUUUGCGGUAGCACAGAAGGACUGGGUUUAUGUGUAUGACAAUCAGGGAAUAGAGUUGCAUUGUUUGAAGAGAAUGAAUGGAGUCACAAGAUUAGAAUUUUUGCCAUAUCACUUCUUGCUUGCUAGUGGGUCGAAGGAUGGUCACAUGGCUUGGCUGGAUGUAUCCAUAGGCAAGCUGAUUGCUCGUUACAACUCCAAUUUGGGUAGAAUAUCUGUGAUGACACAGAAUCCGAGUAACGCAGUGUUAUGCGUGGGCAACUCGAAAGGAGUAGUGUCUAUGUGGUCCCCAAACUCUCAUAAACCAUUGGCGAAAAUGCUGUGCCAUCAUCAGUCGAUUAUGACAUGCACUGUUCAUCCGUGUGGGACUUAUAUGGCAACGAGUUCUAUAGACAAAUCUGUGAAGAUAUGGGAUAUCAGGCAAUUAGCAGGGCCGGUUAGCAACUUGUAUCUUGGUUCACCCGCUCAUCGUAUGUCUUACAGUCAGCGUGGUUUGCUCGCACUUGGAAUGGGCAAUGUAGUUGAAGUUUAUAGGGAAACUUCUGGCGACUUCAAGCCUUAUUUACGACACAGAACUGCUCGCAAUAUAAACUGCGUGAAAUUUUGUCCUUAUGAAGAUGUCUUAGGAAUUUCUACAGCGAAUGAAUUUUCGUCACUUCUGGUGCCGGGAAGUGCUGAAGCAAACUAUGACGCACACGAGGUUAAUCCGUUCCAAACUAAGAGUCAGAGACGAGAGACGGAAGUGAAGGCACUUUUGGAAAAAAUACAACCAGAAUUAAUUACUCUUGACUCAACAGAGAUACUCGAAGUCGAUGUACCUACGUAUAAAGAGAAAUUAGAAGCAAAGAAAAAACUUUUGUACAUUAAACCAAAACCAAUAAACUUUGAACCACGACGAACAAAAACGAAAGGAAAAGGUGGCACCGCGAAAAUAAUAAAAACUAAAAAGAUACUAAAAGAUCAAAGUCGCCGGGAAAUGAUUGAAGCUAUUCGUAAAGAAGAAAAGAAAACAGCACCGAAAAAGACAGAAAAUCAGAAUAAAGAUUACGGUGUCUUAAAUAGAUUUGUUUAAAAAAAAAAGCAUUAGGAGUUCAUAAUUAUAUGUGUAUGGAAUUAUUGUAUAUAUACAUUUUAAUAUUUUAAUAAAAAUUAUAACAAAA